AUGCUCUCAGUUUGCCUUCUGAAUGGUGGCUUGUACAUAAAAAUGGGGCAGGGUCUAACGUCAUUAAACCAUGUUCUUCCUCGACAAAUUACGACAACUCUUGAGGUUCUUCAUGAUAAGGCGAUUGCUCGGUCAACUGAUGAGGUCAAACGGAUUUUUUUAAAGGAUUUUGGUGCUCUUCCGGAAGAGUUGUUCCGUGAGUUUGAUCCCGAACCAUUUGCUGCUGCAAGUCUUGCCCAGGUUCACAAGGCUGUAACCAAAGAGGGCAAGCAAGUGGCAGUCAAAGUUCAAUAUGAAGACCUACGCGAACGCUUUCAUUCUGAUAUCUCCACUUUGGAGUUGCUACUACGAUUGGUAAAAUUCGUUCACCCAAAAUUUAACCUUGCUUGGAUACUUAGGGACCUAAAAGAAACUCUGGCACAAGAAUUAGACUUUGAGCAGGAAGCAGCUAACGCAGAACGCUGCCGCAAAGACCUCGCAGUUAUGGGUAGUCUCGAAUGUGGCGGUCCUGUUCACAUUCCUAUCGUCGAGCAUCACCUCUCGAGUAAGCGGGUUCUCACAACAGAAUUCAUUGAUGGCAUUAAAAUCAACGAUACUCAGAAGUUGCAGAAUUCCGGAUUCUCACUUGCGAGUAUCGACAAGAUCUUGGUGGAGGCUUUCGGUCGACAAAUCUUCUGCACCGGUUUCGUGCACGCUGAUCCGCAUCCCGGCAACCUCUUUGUGCGACCUCGUCCUUUUCGCAGCUCGCACCCAUCGCUGUUGUCUCUUUUUUUCCGCUUCCUCGUCGGUUCUUUCUGGGCGACUCCAGCUCAGCUUGUUAUCCUUGAUCACGGCCUUUACCAGAGCAUGCCAUCUGACCAACGACUCGCGCUUUGUAGCAUGUAUAAGGCCAUCUUAAAUAAUGAUGAGAUUGGAAUGCAGAAAGCUGCCAGGCGCCUCAACGUUACGGGCAAUCGUUCAGCUUAUGCUUCGCGUAUCUGUGUAGACUACGUGACGUUCGGCGAGGUAAUUAUACAGCGGCCCUGGCGACGGAAAGGCCUCUCUCUUCCGAGCAAGCUGACGGAGGCCGACAAGGCGCACAUGCGAAAGCAGGCUGAGGUCUACUUCGAUCGAAUCCUGCUGGUUCUCCAGGAGAUGCCCCGACCCCUGCUCCUCUUCAUUCGAAACCUCAACAUGGUACGGUCCAUUUGUCGUGGCCACGAUGACCGCAUAAACCGCCACGAGUACCUCAUUCGCCUUGCCCUGAUUGGUUCGCAUGUGGUCGACGGCAAUCACUACUCCCCGUCCCUCUGGGCAGACGUGGUGUCUUGGCUUCAGUGGAAACGGUACAUCCUCCACAUCAGGUGGGAGGGACUGAAGGACAAGGCGUUCUUCCUCCUAAUUCGUCUGUUCUCCUGCCUCGGAAUAGCGCCGGACCCCAAAGAGAUCCUCUCUCUGGCCACAAAACCCGCUCGACAAAUCCCUCUUUAA